AUGCUUCCCUCAAAGAUCAACACAAUCGCAAUCGUGCUUUCAGUCUUGAUAUUUUCUCUUAACUCAAGUGUACUAUAUGGUGCAGAUUUAGACUAUAUCUCUGCCCAAAUGUGUGUUUAAGACAAAAGAUCAAACUUUUAAGCUGAAUGCUAUCUGCAAGACUACCCUCACUCUGUUGAAAUCACAAUCAGCCGCAAAAAGUAUACUUGCCUUUGCGAAUGGAUGGAUGAUGCUAAUAUGAAAAAGAAAAUCAAUGAAGCAAUGGAGGCAUUAAAAAUGAACCAAGAUCAAGCUACAUCAACCUAAUCAUCAGGCAUUAAGAAGAGAAAGGAGACAUCUACAAUUGCCAAGCUUAUGCAAAAUAUCUGA